AUGACUCCGUUCUCCGCGAUCACUGCACUCCUGGCUUUCGUUGCGUGCGUAGCAGCCAAAGAUAUUUGGAUCCAAGUGGGAGCGAACAAAACGAACGAUGCCACGACCGUUUUCCAACCUCAACGCGUCACAGCGAAAUUAGGGGAUACAGUCAUGUUCAACUUCACAAAUGGCAACCACUCGGCUACCCAGUCAACUUUCAGUGCCCCUUGUGUACCUGCCCAUGACUCGAACGUCACCAUCAACGGCUUCGACUCCUUUUUUCGCGAUGCUGGUAAUGGGACUGCGGUUACCAUCCUUGCUGUACCCAUGCUCCCCGAAAACGUGAACCACACAAUGUGGUUUUAUGACCGGAAUUCAUGUGGCGCAGGGGGCGUCGGAGUAAUCAACAACGACGAAAAUACAACGGAGACUCUGGACGGCUUUGAGCGCAACGCCCUUCGUUUGAACGGUACAGCCGCGUCAAGUUCUUCGGCAUCGCAUUCGUCAACUGGUACCCCUACCUCGGGUUCGACUGCAUCCACAGAAACUUCAAACGAGGCUCGUCACCUUAUCGUUUCCACCAUGACCUUCCUUGUUCCUCUCCUUGGGCUUGCGAUGUUUGCCUAG